CGUCUUCCUCCAUCGAUAGGCAUUUACGCCAUACCCGCGCCGGCGCCGCCAUCCCCUGUGCCCUCCUCCGCAGACUCCGCCCCCUCCCUCCUCCGUCUAGCCUCUGGGUCUACGUUCCAGCGCCCUGCAGAGUGCUGCGGCUAAGCCCCAAUCUCCACGCGGCUCAGCCCCUCGCAGACGGCGGCGGCGACAGCCGACAGCUAAGCUGCAAGGUCGCGGUUCGAGCAUGGACGAGGAGGAGGAUAGCAACGCGCUGAUCUUGCCCUGCAAGAGGAAGAACAAAUCGCAGGGGAAAGGCAAGGAUGGCAAGAAGAACAAGACCAAGGAAGACGCUAAGAUGAGCAAGACUCAGCUGAAAAAGCUGCAGAAAUUGGAGGAGGACAAACAAAAGAAGGCGCUGCAAGCUCAAAGCAUCGAGACUUUGCAGAAGCACAGGAUCGCCGAUGAUGCAUAUUCCCUGCUGCACACUUCGGGGUCUAUUGGUCAAGCUGUCACUACGAAAGAAAAACGUAGGCGUGCCAUGCAGUUAUCAAAGGCUGGUUUGGAUGUCCCUGAAGAACUUUCGCUAUUUAAGAAAAACACUGAUCAGAAAGAAGUUGCAGUUCCUGAAAAAAGUGAAGCUGCGCAGGAAACUUUCCCCGUGAAGUUUGUUGAGGCCGCGAAACCUUAUCAUCCUGGUAGUGAACCUAAGAACCAUGAGAGUGAUGCAGUGAAGCCUAACAUGGGUAUCGGCCUUAGCAUUCUGAAACAGAAAACUGAAGAAGUUAAUGAUGAUGCUGACAUUUUGACGCACCAGAGCAUUCUGGAACAAAAAACUGAAGAGAUUAAUGAUGAUGAUGACAUUUCGGUACAUCAGACAGUUCGUUCAUCUGUGCCAAGUUGCUCUGAUGAAGAGACUGAUUUGCAGGAUAAAGAGCCACAACAAGGUGAAGCCGCUGUACAGGAGUGCUUCAAUCCUCCCAUUGUUGUGCAUGUGUCAAGACCACAUGAGGUUGAGAAGGCGAGAAGGGAUCUCCCAAUAAUAAUGAUGGAGCAGGAAAUAAUGGAAGCUAUCUAUGAAAAUUCAGUGGUAAUUCUGUGCGGAGAAACAGGCUGUGGUAAAACUACUCAGGUCCCUCAGUUCUUAUAUGAAGCCGGCUUUGGCACAAGCAAUCGAGCUGAUAGAAAAGGGAUGAUUGGUAUCACCCAGCCACGGCGUGUUGCUGUUCUUGCCACAUCCAAGAGGGUAUCUUAUGAGUUAGGACUUAAGCUAGGAAAGGAGGUUGGUUUUCAAGUUAGACAUGACAAGAAGGUGGGAAAUAAAUGCUCCAUCAAGUUCAUGACAGAUGGCAUUUUGCUACGAGAGGUCCAGAGUGACUUUCUGUUGAAGCAGUAUUCAGUGAUCAUCUUGGAUGAGGCACAUGAAAGGAGUUUGAACACAGAUAUACUUAUUGGGAUGCUUUCUAGAGUUAUAAAGGCACGCAAGUUUGUGUAUGCAGACCAACAGAAACAAAUACGCUCUGGGAUGAAGAUUGAUCCAGCAGAUAUGGUUAGUCAGUUGAAAGUGGUGCUGAUGAGUGCUACCUUGCAAUUAAAGGACUUUAUUUCAAACAGAAGAUUGUUUGAUGUGAUUCCACCAGCUGUAGAGGUGCCUACACGACAAUUUCCAGUAACAGUUCACUUCGCAAAGAGAACACAUGAUGAUUAUUUAGCGCAAGCUUAUAAGAAAGUUUUGUCGAUCCACAAGAGUCUACCACCAGGUGGAAUCCUUGUAUUUGUUACUGGACAACGAGAAGUGGAUUAUCUAUGUAAGAAAUUGCAAAGAGCAUCCAGGCGGCAAAUUGGUAAGAAACCUGAAAUGGUUGGAGAUGAGUAUGGUUCAAGACCAGAAAUAGACGAGAAGGAAAUUUUUGAAGCAUAUGAUAUUGAUAGAACUGAACCUGGGCAUCAAGACGGCAUAUUUUCCUCAUAUGGUGAAGAUGAAAUGGAUGAUGAGCUAAAUGUCUCUUCUUCUGAUGCUGAAACAGAGAGUGAGAUGGACACUGACAGUGAUGAGGAGGAUUCUGUUGCACAUGAAACGACUGAAGAAGAUGGACCAGUGUUAUCAUUUUUAAAAGGUGCUGAGAGUUCAUCUGUACUGAAGGCAUCCUUUAAAGCUAUAUCAGGACAACAAGAAACUGCUGAGGAAGCAAGCAAUGCUACAAUUUCAGAAAAGCCUACAUCUGCUUCGCGUGCUAGGCUCCGUGUUUUACCACUUUAUGCAAUGCUACCAGCUUCGCAGCAGCUUAGAGUAUUCCAUGAUAUUCCCGAAGGGGAAAGAUUAGUUGUUGUGGCAACUAAUGUUGCAGAAACAUCUUUAACGAUUCCUGGCAUAACAUAUGUGGUCGAUACUGGAAAAGAAAAGGUUAAGAACUAUGACCAUGCCACGGGGAUGGCAAGUUAUGAAGUACAGUGGAUAAGCAAGGCAUCAGCAUCCCAACGUGCUGGGAGAGCUGGAAGAACUGGGCCUGGGCAUUGUUACCGUCUCUACUCAGGUGCAGCAUACAGUAAAGAUGAUUUAUUUCCUGAAUUCACUGAGCCAGAGAUCAAGAAAAUGCCAGUUGAUGGCAUUGUGCUUAUGCUCAAGUCUAUGAAUAUUGAUAAGGUUGAAAACUUUCCUUUCCCUACGCCUCCUAACAAGGAAAGUUUGGUUGAAGCUCAGCGUUGCUUGAAGAUAUUGGAAGCAGUUGACAACCAAGAAAAACUUACGUCAAUGGGAAAGGCUAUGGCGCAAUACCCAAUGAGCCCACGACAUUCUCGUCUUCUUCUGACAAUAAUUAAAAUGUUGAAGAGUCAGGAAGGAUGUGCUAGAUCUAACCUCAUAUUGGGAUAUGCAACUGCUGCUGCAUCAGCUUUAAGUUAUAGCAAUCCUUUUCAAGUUCAGGGCAACACUGAUAGAGAAACAAAUGAAGAUGGCCCUGAUCCAGAACAUAAGGAUCGGCAUGAAAGGAAGAGUCAGAAGAAGCUCAAGGCCAUGGUUCGAGAAGCACGGAAAGAUUUUUCCAUCCCUAGCAGUGAUGCUUUAACCAUUUCCCAUGCUUUACGGUCAUUUGAGUGUUCUAGGAACCGAGUGGAGUUCUGCAGAGACUACUCGCUUCACCUGAAAACAAUGGAAGAGAUGUCGAAAUUGAGAAUGCAGCUUCUUCGAUUAAUAUUUAACCAUAGCAAAUUUUGUGAUGAAUUUGCUUGGAAUUUUGGAGGGUCUCAAGAUGUUGAACAGGCCUGGGGUAGUGAAACCAACAAAAAGCCAACACUAAAUGAGGAGGAAAUUCUGGGGCAAGGAAUAUGUGCUGGGUGGGCUGAUAGGGUUGCAAAGAAGAUCAACACUUUCUCUGGAUUGUCCAAAGAGGAUCGAAAGGUUCGAGCUGCACGUUAUCAAUCUUGCGCUCUCAAUGAUAUAAUAUAUCUAAACCGAUCAUCUUCUGUUGCCCAAAUUCCACCAGACUAUGUAGUUUACUCCGAACUACUAAAUACAAAGAGAUCAUACAUGUAUGGUGUGACCAGUGUAAAGUCAGGAUGGCUUUUGAAAUAUGCUAGUUCUCUCUGCACCUUCUCAGCACCGCUGGAGGAUCCAAAGCCCUACUAUGAGCCUCAGAAUGACCAGGUCUACUGUUAUGUCAGUCCCAUCUUUUCUCGACAUAAUUGGCAGCUUCCACUGCACAGUUUACCCAUCAAAGAUUCCACCUGUCGGGUGCAGAUAUUUGCAUGGGCUUUGCUUAAAGGGGAUGUCUUGCCAUGUCUAAGGGUGGUUCAAAAGUUCCUGGCUCUGUCACCAUCUGUUGUCCUGGGGCCUGCCAGCCAAAGAAGAGUUGGAGAUCUUCUUAGCAGGAUGAGUAAAAAGACGAUAUAUAGCCGGGCAGCAUUAAGAGAUGCAUGGAAUACUGACCCAGAUUUUCUUUAUCCCGAGAUUCAGGCGUGGAUCCAGGAUAAAUAUCAGAGCCAGCUUGGAGCAAUAUGGGAACAAAUGCACCAAGAAGUUCGCCUCGAGGGGCGUGAACUUUUCCCGAAGAGGUUCAAGAAAGUUAAAGCAUGAUCAAUUAGAACAGAUCGUGCUGUAAUUGCUUGACUGAUGGAAGCUGAUUUGUGGUGGGAGCUUCCGUGAGUGAUCUUUCGGGAGCGACUAGGAUAGAAUACGUCCUCUGGUGAAAAAAAUACAAAAAAAUACUAUGAGCCAUCGGAUUGGAAUUGGAUGGCACAGAUCUUUGUGGAUGGAGUUGUACGCAUAACUAGAUACUUCUGUGCAAAAAGGACACUCACUUGACUUAUUUUCUAGCCAAUAUCCUUCUUCCUCCGAAGCGGCAGCACAACCCUGAAAUUCCCCAAACCUAAUGGAGUUAUAGCCCCCUUCGAGUCCCUCUCGCUUGCUGAUGACCACUGUGAUGAUGGUCCAGAUCCGUUGCCAAGCUCCAGCGCCACGUUAUGCAAUGCCCAUCUUCUCCAUCUUAGACUUCAGCAUCUCACGUAUGGCAAAGCAGUGGUGUGUUCCCUGCCUCCUCCCCCUUUCAAGAUCUAGCAGUAGCUCAUCGGUGGCAAGGCGGUGCUGGGCUCCUCGGCUCCUUUCCCUCCCAGUCUCAUCCUCAACCUUUUCUUUUCUGCAGUGCUAUGCCGCGUCAGUGACAUUUCUUGUUACUUGAUGGCCAGGCAAUGAUACACCUACGAUAGAUAAGGAAACUUGCAAGGCUUGCUGUUGUUGACAUGGACUGGGGUCAUAUUAAGAUGGAUGAUGCUCUGACAACAGCAAACAUGAGGACUAAAGAUGGACAGAAGAAGAUUUUUCUCAAAGGCUUCCCUUCCUUACAAGUGCAAGAACUUAUCUGCGUUCAUACACCUAUACCCGUCCGCGCUCAACUGAACCGCAAACGCAAACGGAAGCAGUGACUGGCCAAGGACAGUCGGAUUGAUUUAGGAUGUUUUUUGUUUUUCAUUACAUAUUCAUCAUAUAAAUGAAAAUUUUCAUGUCUAGUACUCCCUCUGUCCAGAAUUACUUAUCGCAUAAAUGAAUAAAAAUAGAUGUAUCUAAAACUAAAAUACAUCUAGAUACAUUCGUUUCUAUGACAAGUAUUUUCGAACGGAGGGAGUACGUAGUAAUUUAUAGAUAGUGUAUGGUUGGUGCUUCCGCGAAGCAUCCAAUCCCACUGUUAACGACCCUCUCCUGUGAUGAUGCACUUGAUCCUAGCCCUUGAAGGUACAGUAUCAUCUA